GGUUAUGUUAAUGUCAAAAAGUUAAAAACAAUUUAAGUUUAAGAGAGUUACAAGGUCGUCGAUAUUUUUUGUUAUUUCAGGUUUUGUUGCGAAAGGAUCUCGACGAACAGAGAUACGCUGCGUCAAUUAUAUAAAAGUAUUAGGAAAAACCGUGAUGAGAUAACAUAACCUCAUAAAGUUUAUACAGAAAAAACGUGUUAGGUACUUUUAGAAAAUUUCAACGAAUUUAUCAUCUCGAACUCGAAUCUCGAUUUAAUCGAAAUGGACGGCGAUAGUUUAAAGGAAAACCUACUCAUCGGCAUGGGAAAUCCUCUCCUGGACAUCUCCGCCAUCGUAGACAAAUCGUUUUUGGAUAAAUACGAAUUGCAAGAGAACGAUGCCAUUUUGGCCGAUGAAAAGCACAAGAACUUAUUCAAGGAACUCACCGAAAACCACCGAGUUAGCUACACGGCCGGCGGUAGCGUACAAAACACAUUACGAGUAGCCCAAUGGCUGCUCAAGAAACCCAACGUAACGACAUUCUUCGGUUGCGUAGGCAAAGAUGAUUAUUCGAAAAUACUGUACGAUAACGCCGUAAAGGCCGGAGUCAACGUUCGAUAUCAAUACAACACAUCUAUACCUACAGGUACUUGUGCUGUAUUGAUAACAGGCCACAACAGAUCGCUCGUAACCACUUUAGACAGUGCUAAUUGUUUUACGAUUGAACAUCUACACGAUUCGAUAAAUCGGAAACUAAUGGACACUGCUCGAUUUUACUACGUAUCCGGGUUUUUCUUGACUGUUAAUCCGGAAGCUCAAAUGGAAAUGGCGAAAGUGGCUUCCGAAAAGAACCGACCAUUUAUGAUGAAUUUAAGCGCGCCUUUUAUUUGUCAGUUCUUCAGCCAAGCGUUACAAAACGCAAUGCCUUACAUAGAUAUACUGUUCGGGAACGAAUCCGAAGCGGAAGCAUUCUCUACCAGCCUAAACUUAGGCACUAAGAACCUAGAAGAAAUCGCUCUAAAACUAUCCGAUUUACCGAAAGAGAAUUUGAAUAGAAAACGAAUUAUCAUCAUAACUCAAGGCGUCGAUCCCAUUAUCGUAGCGAGCGAUGGGAAAAUCACCAAGUUUCCCGUGCAAACGAUCGAGCAGGAGAAAAUCGUCGAUACGAACGGAGCAGGCGAUGCAUUCGCAGGAGGAUUUUUAUCUCAAUACAUCAUCGGGAAGAAUUUAGAUGUUUGCAUUGAGUGCGGAAUAUGGGCGGCAACGGAAAUCAUACAAAGAAGUGGAUGCACAUUCGAAGGCGACCCGACGUUUUCUAAUUAAGCAAUCAAAAUAUUUUCUUUUUAAUUAUUCGAUACACUAAAAUAAGCAAUAACUAUGUAAUAUAGAGCACUGUGAUUAUAUUCGUUUUUACUCUUAUCCUUGUACGAGUAAUUUUAUGAAUAAAAGUGAGGAUUACCUGAAUCAGUUAAAUCAUCUG